AAACUUUGUUUUAAUUCAACAUGGCGUCCGAAGGCGAAUCAAGAAGCGAAGAAAUAUUAGGUCGAAAAUGGGACCGAUGCCUUGCUGAUACCACAAUAAAAAUUGGUACCGGUGCUAUUAUUGGUGGAGUGUUCUCACUUAUAUUUUUUAAAAGAAAGUUUUGGCCCAUUACAUUUGGGUCAGGGAUUGGUUUAGGAAUGGGUUAUACCAACUGUCAAUAUACAUUUUACUCUAAAUUUCCUCCACAACAUAAUUAUGGAUCUCCUUGGUGGCAAUGGAACCCUGAGAUCAUGGAAAAAUGGAGAAAAAAUUGGGAGAAAAGAUUGAAGUUACAAAAGUCUUCUGAGAAAAUUGAUGAGCAAAACUCUGAGGAUAAGUGAGUGAUAUGAAAGACAUUGUUUGAAAUUUUAUCAAAUACAAUUUGUUUCUUCAAUCCAGACAAUUCUAAGGAAGAGAAUCUUUGUAUCUGUUUUAAUUGAUAAAUUUUGACUACAGACAAAAUUCCCCAAUAAAACUUGUGAAUUUGAUUUCAUAAA